UAUGUCUUGGAGAUCAAUCUCUUCGGUAAAGCAAGAAAUACCGCCAACGUAUAAAGCUCGCAGGCCUGCAGCCGAAUGAAGCUUCAUCACGAACUUCCACUAGACCCCGGUUUGAACCUUUCGUGAGCAAGAUGCGCUUCUCUCGGUCUCUCGGCAUCGCGUCCUGCAUUGUCGCCGGUGUGCAGGCUGCCGUGUCUUCCACUGGAUUCACGGUAUCGUUGGCCGACAUCGACUACUUCCUGCCGCCUAAGCCAAUUGCGAAGAUAUCGAGCUGCGAAGAGAUCCAAGCCUCCUUCGAAGAUGCUCCGUUUGUGCCGUUCACAGUGGUGAAGUCUCACGACGAUGGUGUGGAUGUCGCGUCGCUUACAGCAAGCUACUCGCAUGAUGAUGUAUGGCAACAAGGUUUCAUGGACGCCGUUUACGUCCAAGGAAGCGACUCCAAACCAACGAACUCUUCUUUGACCAUACUGUCGGGCACCGCAUCCAAGGAACUAGCUCCGGGUCCCUACUUCAUCAACGCAGUUGGUCAUGUCUACGAGGCAUGGAGGCUGUUCUCCGAUAUGCAAGGCGCUUUCACUGAGUCUGCAAUCGCCAACGGUGAUGGUUCAUAUUCGGUCUUGCCCGCGGGAACUGUGGGCCAAAAGCAUGCCAUCGCCGUGCCUUCGCGACUGUACUUCACCAAGACGGCCGAGAAGCCUCUGGCUGGUGUGCGUAUCGGUAUCAAGGACAUCUACGAUAUCAAGGGUCUGCGAACAUCCAACGGAAAUCGAGCUUGGUACUGGCUGUAUCCUCCUGCCAACGCGACUGCACCUCCCGUUCAGAACCUGAUAGAUGCGGGAGCGAUCAUUGUUGGCAAGAUGAUCACGUCGCAAUUCGCUAAUGGUGAGACCGCAACGGCUGACUGGGUUGACUACCACGAGGCAUUCAACCCCCGUGGUGAUGGCUACCAAGAUACCUCCUCCAGUUCCUCCGGUGGCGGCGCUGGUACCGCGUCGUACUCUUGGCUCGAUGUCAGUCUCGGAUCCGACACCGGCGGCAGUGUGCGCGGCCCAUCGCAGGUUCAAGGUCUCUACGGCAAUCGACCGUCUCACGGACUGGUUUCCCUAGACCACACCAUGCCACUGAGUCCCGUACUCGACACCCCCGGACUAUUGGCGCGCAACCCUCAAAUCUGGAUGGAGGCAGCCCAAGUCAUGUACGGUCCCAACAUCACCAUCACAAGCAGCUAUCCAACAAGCGUCCAAACCCUUGGCUGGCCCACCGAAGUCGAAGAUGUCGCGGAUCAGCUUCUCGUCGAUUUCCUAGGAAACGUGACCGACUUCCUCAGCGCCAACGCUACCGCCUUCAACGUCACAGCGUCUUUCGACACUGCGAACACGGAUGUCGCACCCCUUACAACCUUCAUGAACCUCACCUACGCCCUCCUAAUCACCAAACAGCAGAUCGAGCUCGUCCGUGAGCCCUUCUACGCCGACUAUGCCGAAGUCCACGACGGCCGCCUUCCCUUCGUCAACCCUGUCCCGCUAGCUCGUUGGGGCUGGGGCGACAACCAAACCAUCACCGUCGACGAGGCCGUCAACAACAAAACCAUCUUCCAGACCUGGGCCAACGAGACCUUCCUUGCUCCCUCGCACGAGACAUGCUCUGAGUCCUUGAUCAUGUACGUCGGCUCCACCGGCGGUACCACGUACCGUAACACGUACUGGGACGAACCCGGUGUUCCUUUCGGAUUCGGCAACAGCCGUAUCUCGGUUAUGGCGGAGGUACCGGACUAUGUUGUGCCACUGGGUGAAGCGCCGUAUAACUCGACUAUUACGGGUCAUGUGGAGUAUUUGCCUGUUACGGCGAAUUUGAUGGCGGCGAAGGGGUGUGAUGGCAUGUUGUUCUCGCUUAUUAAUGAGCUUUAUGAGGCGGGUAUCUUGAAGGAAAGUAUGGUUGGUCAGAGUGGGGUUACGGGUGGGGAGAUUCUAUUGAGGAGGGAUGGGCUGUGGUGAUGAUACUAUACCUCCUCGUGCAAUACUGGAUUAUCAAGUGCAACAUCAAGCCGCUUAAUACUCACGUUCGCUCAUCGCAAUCGCAUGGCCCAAGAAGGCACUAUGCACGUAGGAAGGUUGUAGCAAGGACGGUCACCUGGGCAGCUUACCGGAAAGUAUAGUAAGCCGGGGCAAACUUAUGAGCGGCGGUUAC